AACAACAACAAAUACUCAAAAAGAAUUUAGAAAAUAAAAAGAAAAAACCUAUUUAUACUGGUUACGAUGACGAAGAAUUUAAUUUUGGUGGAGGAGAAAUAUCUAAAAAGAAUAUCUUAUCACAUUAUGAUGAGGAAACAUCUAAACAGCACUUUUUGCCACCAUUACAGCAGGAAUUACCAUUUUAUAGUGAGUACCAUGACCACAAUCGACUGAACCCUGAGCAUUCAACAAAUGGAAAUGUUAAUAAUAAGUUCACGUG